GGGAAAACCAGCAAAAGACAUUAUUAAGGCUGAAGAAGCAGAAUAAUGAGUUGCAAAAACCUUGCUUGUCUUGGAUUUCUCAUGAUUCUGGUCCUGUGUAAUGUUUAUGUACGAGCAAAACCAAUGUCUAGCCUGCAGAGUGUAUCUCGAAUAUUAGAGGAUAACUUUGAACACUCCUUUGGAUCAGAAGAAGAGGGCCAUGAAAAAGGAGAGUUGCUGCCCACAGAUUCAUUAGAUCAACAAGAUCUGGAACUUCAGUGGCUGAAAAAUAAAUUGGAUCAGGCUGGAAGCCCACAGUUUGGUGAGACUGCUCUACAGCAGCUUUUAAAUGACCCUUCCAUAAGAAGGUACAGAUUAAGGAGCAAAAAAGGGUUCUCCAGAGGGUGUUUUGGCAUGAAACUGGACAGAAUUGGAUCCUUAAGUGGCUUAGGUUGUUAAUAUAUGUGGUUUAUCGCCAUUCAAAGGAUUGACCUUCUGUCUUACUCCGUACUCUGAAAUCACCAAGAGCUGGCUUGUAAUGGUCCUUAGCUGUGAUCUGUUUCACUCCAGAGAACCUCUUCUUUCUCCGCAGCUUUUUAAAUCACUUCCAUAAUGUGUAACUAAUACUUGCUAUCAUAUGUGAUAUAAGUUGUCUUUAAGUGACUUAUAGGUCUAAAAUUAAAUGUAUUGGUAUUGAAAUAUAAUUAAAUAAAAUUUUGUAAUACCCAUUAGAA